AAGUAAAUAUAUUACAUAGACGAAACGUUUUUCGAACAUGGCAAAGCAUCACCCAGAUCUUAUUUUUUGCAGAAAACAGCCUGGUGUAGCUAUUGGUAGACUCUGUGAAAAAUGUGAUGGUAAAUGUGUAAUAUGUGAUUCAUAUGUCAGGCCAUGCACAUUGGUGCGGAUCUGUGAUGAGUGUAAUUAUGGCUCCUACCAAGGUCGUUGUGUGAUUUGUGGAGGGCCUGGGGUUUCAGAUGCUUACUACUGCAAGGAGUGUACCAUAAUGGAGAAAGAUAGAGAUGGAUGUCCAAAGAUAGUGAAUCUGGGAAGUGCAAAGACAGAUCUGUUUUAUGAAAGAAAGAAAUAUGGAUUCAAGAAGAGAUGAGAACUAUUGAUGGUGUAUAUGAAAUUAUUAGUUGACAAAAACAUCAGAAAAGCAUUCUUUGUGAAUUGUGAGCAAAUUUUAUCUGUGAAAAACUUGGUGCAAGCAAUGGUCUGCCAGUUGAAUGUGUAAAUGUUUACUCAUCAUCAGUUUUGUAUUUCAUGUGAAAUAUCAUAGACCUCAUUUUCAUUUUUUAUUUCAGUAGGAAUAUAAAUAUAUAACAUUACAUACAUUGUUUUUAUUAUUUUAAUAUUUUAAGAAUUUUGUAAACAAGAAAAAAUAUCAGGAUGAUGUUCCAAGAAUUGCCAAAUAUGAAUUAACAAUGAAUGCCAUUCAAGCUAUGAUCUAAUUGCUGAUAUUUCUUUAGCUUGUUACUUUGAUUUUGCUUUUCAAACACUGCCA